AUGAUGAAAGGUGACUGUCGCCCCGCUAGGAAGACAGCGGAACCAAACCUCGCCCGCCGUCGAAAGCAAGCACGGCUUGCCGGGUUUGUGCAGAUAAGGCCGUGCAAAUCCCCCGACUCCUGGGGAAAGCGGAGGCCCACGGUGGCCCUGCGAGAACACCGGCCUGUGCAGCUGCUGCUGAUUGCAAAUAUAGACCUCUUAGUAGUUGGAGAUGUUGCUGUUCGCUACCUGGCUGAUGCUGUACCGAAAUUCUUUUCUGAUGCAGCAGAAGUCACCAUCACCAUUAGUGACCUAAAGAAGGCAUUGGUCCUUCUGGAAGAGUGCACAUUCCACAUGGUGUUCCUGAAAGUAACUUCUUCACUGACUGCCGAGGAGCUGGAUGCUGUCAAGUUAAUUAGAUUUGGCAAGAAGAAAAAUACACAUUUGCUGUUUGUUUUUAUAAUCCCUGAAAAUGUUAACGGUUGUUUUUCAGGUCGUGGAGCUGAUAUUACUGUAACUGAACCACUCACCGUGGAAAAAAUGAGCGUUGUAGUAAAAUACUGGAAAACAUAUUUCUCAAGUACUGUUAAGAAUGAAAAUGCUAUGAGGCCAGAAGAACCUGGAUUGCCCCUGCUGAGGUCCUGCAGUGAACACGUGGGAUAUUUUUCUACUGAUCUAUUUGCCUGCUCUGAAUCUCUAAGAAAUAACAUUGGAUUUGAAUUAAAGGCUCCAUUGUCAGAUUUUGAGGAAAGCAAAGAGAUUCCUCUUCGUCAUUCAAGCAAAGAAAAGUUAAGAAGAGAACGAAUGAAGUAUUGCUGCGAGCAGCUGCGCGCUCUCUUGCCAUACGUAAAGGGGAGAAAGAACGAUGUGGCUUCAGUCCUUGAGGCAACGGUUGAUUAUGUGAAGGAUAUCCGGGAGAAAAUCCCUCCAGCCGUUAUGGGCCAGAUUACAGAAGCACUUCAGAGCAAUAGGAGGUUUUGUAAGAAACGGCAAAUACUAUCUCUCCCAGGCACAGUCAUGGCACAAAGGGAAGACAGUGUGUUUACAAGCACUUACUCACCUGUGAGAGGAAUCCGACUCCUGGCUAAUAAGCGCUUGAACGUGUAUUCCGUUCCUGCCUCCGCGGGCUCCUUGGAUGAAGCUGUGAGAGGUCAGUCAAGCUCCACAUCGGAGAACGCUAUUGGUGAAUUGUAUAAAGCUCAGAAUCCCAGCACAGCUGUCUCUCUCAACUCCUUCCAUGUUGUCAGCUACUAUUCCACAGUCGUCCCUCCCUAUGAUGCAACUGCCAUUGCAAAUCAGAACAUUUCAAUUCAUUUACCAUCAGCUGUGCCUGCAGUCUCAAAAUUUCUUCCUCAGCACUGAAAUUCUGUGCUGGGCCAGACAUGCACAACACUCCCCAACUGUGUGACCACCUCCUGGGUGAAGUUUGACAGUACAGGAAGAAUGGAACAAAGAAUGAUUUUGAGAUCUACACCCAGAGACCUAAUAUCAAAAGACCUGGCAUCGUCUGGCUUCCGAGGAACAUGCUCAAAGCCUCUGCAGCAGCGAGAAUGCCGGUCGCUCGCUCCCCCUCAUCUUCCUGCGUACUUGGAUCUCCCCCAGCCAGAAAGCUGUAAGAACAAAUGGCCUAGGUGCUUGCUUCUUCAUUCUCUUGCCUUGAGGACUAAUUUCUUUGACCCUGGAAGAGAACCUGUUGAGGAUUUGGGACACUGGGACUAUUGCCGAUGUCCCCAGCUGGACUUCACUGCUGCUCAGACUUUUGCUUUACAUCAAGGAUCCCCUGGGUCCACACAUGGGCCACAAGAGAAGCCUGUGGCUGGGAAUUCUUCAGUAGAGGACCUAGAGAGUGCAAGCCCCAGAGCCCCAGGCUACUUGCUGCUCUCUCAGUUCCCCUUUUUCUUUCAGCAUGAAGAGGAGGCUACCAAUCCAUUGUGA